AAAAAAAAAAAAAAGGAGCAGGAGUCAGAGCGUCAGGAGCUGUCAGAGGAAAGAGAAGUAAAACAGAAUAGGAAGACAGCCGAGAGGGGCAGGCUGUGAAGACCUAGCAACUGCAGGAUACUCCCCUCCUGACCCCAUUACUCUCUAAAUUAAUUGCCAUCAUAGGAAACCCCAACCAAAAUGUUCCUCCCCUCCCGCAGCAGCUGAUGCUGUUACCACAUUUUUUCACAUUAUGCUGAGAGACAGUAGAUCUAACCUGAUCCUCUAAGAAAAAAACCCACCAUUGAAAUUAAAAAUACAUAUUAUCCCAAGCAACCAUUCCUUAGAUUGAAAAGAUAAAUCACAUUAAAAGCAUACUAAGGCUGUGAAGCACUCAGAAGCCAACAAGCUUAGCAGCCAACAAGCUUAGCAGCCACUCAUUCCCCUUUCUUUUUGGAUGAGAUACAAUUGCUUUGUAUCAUUCCAAAUUUCCUUUUAUAGAGAUCCCUUGUUUCACUGCACAGGACAGGCUGCGCUCUUGUGAUGAAUGAGGAUGCCAUAAAUAAAGGAGAAAGGCUUCUGCUUUGUUCCAGCUUUCACGACAGUAAAUAAGAUAAUGCCUUGCAUAAGAAAGGAUAGUGUUACAGACCAGGCAGGUCUAAGUACCUACCAGGACAACUGAAUUCUCUCCCCAUUUCUGCCAGGUGCAACACAGGCAGCCCAGCAGGCUGUGGUGUUUGGUGAGUACCCUGUCUGCGAGACCAGUGGGAGUACUAAUCACAACUGCAAUCAAGACAGAGGGAGCUAUGCUGCAAUCACAUAAAGUACUGUAAAAACAAAACAAAACAAAAGGAUACGUUUUACAUCUCAGUUCAGGGUAUCAAAAUUAUCUGGCACUCUUGAUCUCAAAUUCUGUACCUCAGAGCUCCCUAUGUUACACAGGCACAAUAUCCUCUAUCUUUCUAGAUACCAGGAAGAUUACAACAUAAACUAAUCUGAAAAAGAGGUCUAAAGUCCUCAAAGUUGAUCUAGUUCAAUACCAGCAUGCCUUCAAGGAUCAUGGAAUUAGGUAAUACAGGGAGAGCUCCAUAGGAAAACAGAUAAGAAAAUGAAUCAUCUCAAUGCAAGGCUUGGGUGGUUCACGAAAUAAGCCGGGCUCAGGGCUGCGCACUGAGUGCUGAACAUUAACACCCUGCGUGUUGGCUCAGGCAGAGAUUUUGUGAAAGGGCCAGCAUGGGGAAAAAGAGGAGAGAUGUGACUGUGCAAUUAUGAGCUUUGUGUGUACAGGGGAGCAGGUUAUGUACAGGCACUUGCUAUGGUUCUGGUGUUUUCUUAUUUUGCAGUGCUUGAAUGUAUGAGCUAGACAGCUAGAGAUUUUAUUUUUUCAACUGAGGGUUGUGUAUCAGUUGGUGUGGAGAAUGUAGGAUACAGCAGGACAUAGCUUCCAUGUGCCUGUCCGGAGGAAGGCAGAAGAGGAGCUGUUGGGCCUGGAGAGGACAAUGAAGCAACUUGUAACAGCUCCCCUUUGCCCAAGAUGCACAUCACAACCUCCCACCAGGCCAUCUAUGCCAACCUCUGCUCUGCCAACAGGUAAAACACAUUGCAUUUGCUCUGUGAGGAUCUUGAUUAUACCUUUCCGCCCCAAAGCGGCAACCCACUAAUUUUCUCCUUCAACCUCUGAUCAGACUCUACAGACUGCUCCACUGAUUAUCUGCCUCCUUUUCAUCAAGUAGCCUGUGAGCGCAGUGCAUGCCCAUACAAUUCGACUUAAACGUCCCAGUCACCCAAAUGAGUCUGAAAUGAAGCCAGGUGACUUUGCCUAGCCCCAUCUCAAGCUCGCACUUUCAAUAAUGUCUCUGUUACACAACAUCGCAAGAACAUACUGGCAGGAACCCUGCUUCCCACGGCCCUCAGUGCCAGGGCCACCUGCACUCAGAAAUACCUGCUCCAGCCAUACUUAAUUUUUCUUUUAUCUUUUUGGCUUGUGAUUUUCACUCCUGCUCCGAGCGUGCAUAAGCCCACACAGAAUUGCCUCCCAGCCACCAAACAGGCAGACGCCUGGCUGAGCAGUACCUUUGCUACGUGGAGAUUGACCUCUGCUAUGCAGAGGUUAACUGUCCUUGCCUAACAACCCCGGUGUUGUCAGCUGCAGCUUGCACAGGUGCCUGUGAUUUCCUGUUUCUGAAAGCGGUGUUACCAGCCAGACCAUCACUCUCCUUAAUUUAGAAAGCUAUUCCGUAUUUUCUUGUGAUCUGGCUCCACACCUCCACACGCAGGCUGAGGACUGUCACAUGAAUAACAGCGCUGAGGUUACACGACACUUUCCCUGUUCAAAACAUUCAGCGAGGAAACCCACGGGUAUUAUUUGUUGUAAACAUUUCCCACAGACUAAACCCAGCAGGUACCAGCAAGUAGACUUGCUCUUUUGCAUUUUCUACUGUGACACACCAACAAAGGAGCAUACUCAAGAACUGCUGUAUGGAAUGAGGUAUAUCUGCUGGAUUUUACCUGGGUGAACAUUUUAAAUUUGCAGUUGAAGGUUUAUACCAAUUACACUUCUCAGUUGUGGGUAUCCACCAAGGAGUUUCUUACUUAAUGGAACAAAAAAGAGUAGUAGCAGGGUUUUUCCUGGCAUAAGGCAUGAAGCUGAUCCCUGCUACACUAAAUCACAAGCAGGGGCAGAGCUAAUAUCAGGGAUUUUUUUAUAGUCCCCUGUUCCUGCAGCUCCCAAACUGCAGUCUCAAACCUUUUCAAAUCUAAAUUCUUGCUACAGCUACUAAAACGUGAGGUUUCUUUUCUGGUAUUGAGUAUUUCUCAGAGGCACUACCUUCUGUAGCGACAUUUACGGAUGCCAAUCCCACAACCUGCCCUAUGCCAACAAGCUCCUGCACCUUUGGGGCCCCCCAUGGACCCCUGUGCCAAGUAAAUUGGAAAGUCAGAGUUCUAGCAACAAGCAGCAGUAACAAAAGCACAGUACGUGCUGCAACACAUACCAAGACAACCUAAGUCACAUCACUACAAAACACCAGCCUCCACUGGGCAUGUAUGAAACAAACAUAUGAAAGACACAUAGAUUUGAGGUGGAAUAUGAUGAUUGCAAUCCUAACAGAAUUCAGCAUUUUAACCCAGGACUGUACAAUGUCUGGCAACCUUAUUUCAACAUUGGUUUUAAAUACAAGGUAUCUAGCCCAUAAAAGUAAAUAAUCAUUUCUAUAACUUUAUCUUCUAGAAAAAUACAGUGAAAAAUUGCUUUUUGUUUCCUUUUGAAAACAUAAAUCACCUAAAAAGAUUAAUAAGUAAAAAUGCAAAAACUAGUAAACAUAUCAAUUCCAGCUUUUUUCUUUGCAAGAUAUUCAAGUUUCCAGGUUUGGUUAUGAAAGCUUCUAAACAUAAAUUAUGUAAACUACCUAUAUUAAAUAUUUGGGUUACAAGAAUGACAACAGAGUUAAUUAUUAUGUUACUUUUAGUCUUCUAAAGUCAUGCUAAUGGCAACACUAAUCAAAGAUAGCAGUCACGUUUUCAGUCCUUACCAGUUGUAAGUAGAUUUCAUUAAGCAAUAAGAUUUAUAACUUUAUCAUGAUGCAAUACAUAUAAGGCUGAAUUCAUUCAGUUGCUAAUGAAAUGUGAUCUGGGGACUCUCUUGCUCCAGCUGGGUGAUAAUGAGGGCUUAUCACAGAUAGGUCUAGGAAAGGCUGGGAAAUACUUAAGCUUGUUUUGGAGUUACUUUGAGCUCUUAGGAAAGGAGCAAUUCUUCUACAGUAUCACCCUGAAGGUUUCUGCCUAUACAAGAGAGGUGCUGGUGGAUGUGGUAAAGUACAAACUGGAUCAUGUACGCCGAAAGAUAGAAGCGGAUGAGCGGGAUUCAACUACCAGGUCCUCUUUUAAAUGUCCAUCUUGCUCCAGCACUUACACGGACCUGGAAGUCAAUCAGCUCUUUGAUGUAUUUACAGAGACUUUCCGCUGCACUUACUGCAACACUGAAGUAGAGGAAGAUGACUCAGCACUUCCUAAGCGUGAUGCUCGAACCUUGCUAGCAAAAUUCAAUGAGCAGAUUGAACCUAUCUUUGUGCUAUUGCGUGAGACAGAAGAUAUUGUUCUGCCGUAUGACUUGCUGGAGCCUCAGCCAACAGAAAUACCAGAAUUAUCAGAAAGCUUUGAUCAGAAGGUGGGUUCAAGUGUGCUGGAAUCCUGCAACCGACCUGAAAAAUGGGCCAACAGAAGUUCCUCUUUUGGCAAUAUGUACACCCAAAACUUAGUUAUUAAUGUCCAAGACUCUGAGCCCAAGAAGAAAACAAGAGAAAAGACAACUAAAGAGCAACCUAUCUGGAUGUCCCAGAGCACAGUGGAAGGAGCAACACCAGCCACCAACAAAACUGUUGGAGUAAAUGCUUCUGAAGAAACUGAAGAAAGUGUUAAAGAAACUAUCACUGAUAAUGAAAUCAUCAAGACUCUUCUCAUCCAUGAAUCCAAGUCAUCAUCUAGCACAGACCAGGCUCCUAUUGUCAAAAGCAAACUACCUGAGUCAGGCAAUGAUACCAGUGAGUCUGAAGAAGAUGCUGAACACUCAAAAAGAGCAGGAAUGAAAGUAGCAGGCAACAACUUUGAACAAGAGGAGGAACAGGAAGCACAAGGUCCUAUUUUAAUGGUUGCUGGUCGGCCUUGUUCAUAUGGUGAAGUCAGUGAAAAUCCAGAGCUUGUGUCUCUCAUGACAAGUGAAGAGAGAGAAAUUUAUAUAAAAGUAGGGCAAGAAAUGUUCCAGUCUGUCUUUGAAUAAAUACUACUAUAUGAA